AUGGAAGCCGUUUUCACUCUGUCUGCGUUCAACGAAACGAUCAGCCACCCGACCGCCAUCUUUUCUCUCACAUUACUGCUUUUCUGCAUCAACUGGAUCCUGGUGAGGCUGGCCUGCCCCGGAACCAGCACGUCCAUCAACAGCGCUUACGCCUUUACCACGCUCGCUAUUUACGCUUUACACUGGUUCUUCGUCGUCUGGACCUACAUGAACAUGGUCAGAACGUGCCUGAGGUCCAAAAAGGACCGGGCCAAGUUCAUGCAGACGUGCACGCCUCAUUUAAUCCAGCUGCUCACCUUCUUCGUCAUCGUCGUGUCUGAUUUCAUGCACAUGCGCUACCCCUCGAAAAGUCCCAAAAGCUUUCAAAACUUUGUCGCUAUUGCCGUCGUCUUUGUGACCCCUCUCGUUAAUCCUUUGCUUUACGGAUUCAAACUGACGAAGAUCCGUCAAAGAAUUAUUGUUUUGAUUCAGAUGAGGAGAAAACGAUGA